ACCGCGGGACCCCUGGAGGCGGACGGCGAGGCAUGGCGACGCGGGCCCGCGGCUUCUCGCUGCUCCGGUGCCGCCUGGGCCGAGGGCCUGUGCUAACCCCGGGCGUCGCCGAGCGCGCGUGGCGCGGCUUCGGGAGCAGCGGCCGGAGACAUGAAGCCAUUAUCAUCUCAGGAACUGACAUGGCCCAACAGAUCCAGAAGGAGAUACAGCAAGGAGUAGAAUCAUGGAUCGCUCUCGGGAACAGGAGGCCCCACCUGAGUAUCAUUUUAGUGGGAGAUAACCCAGCAAGCCACACCUACGUCAGGAAUAAGAUAAAAGCUGCUUCCGCUGUAGGUAUCUGCAGUGAGCUCAUCAUAAAGCCCAAGAAUGUUUCUCAGGAGGAACUGUUGGAUAUCACUGAUCAACUGAACAUGGACCCAAGAGUCAGCGGUAUAUUAGUUCAGCUACCACUCCCAGACCAUGUAGACGAGAGAACAAUAUGCAAUGGGAUUGCUCCAGAAAAGGACGUCGAUGGAUUUCACAUUAUCAAUAUCGGAAGACUGUGCCUUGACCAGCAUUCGCUGAUCCCUGCCACUGCCAGUGCCGUUUGGGAAAUCAUCAAAAGAGCAGGAAUCGAAACAUUUGGGAAAAACGUGGUCGUGGCAGGAAGAUCCAAGAACGUGGGCAUGCCGAUCGCCAUGUUGCUGCACACGGACGGGGAACACGAGCGUCCUGGAGGUGAUGCAACGGUGACAAUAGCACACAGAUACACCCCCAGAGAACAACUGAAGGCCCACACUCAGCUCGCAGACAUCAUCAUAGUGGCUGCGGGUAUUCCGAGGUUGAUUACGGCUGACAUGGUCAGAGAAGGCGCAGCAGUAAUUGAUGUGGGUAUCAACUAUAUACAAGAUCCUGUGACAGGAAAGACCAAGUUAGCUGGAGAUGUGGACUUUGAAGCUGUUAAGAAAAAAGCCGGCCUCAUCACUCCAGUCCCAGGAGGUGUGGGACCCAUGACGGUGGCCAUGCUUCUGAAGAACACACUUCUGGCUGCCAAGACUAUCACCUACUAGAUCACAGCGGGGAGUACACGAAAUGCAUUCUGCUGCUUAUUUAUUUGACAACAGGCAAAAUCCUCUCUAUUUUACUACAAAGCUAUUUAUUUCUACAUGUAUUUAUUUUUUCAUGAGUGGAAUCAUUCUGGAACUGAUUAUUUACAUGACUUUAUGGAUUUCUUGCUAAUAUAUAUUUGAGUCUUAAGAAAAAAACUCGAAACAAUCCCAAUGACAAUUGUGGUAACAGCUCUUUAUUUUAUGGAUAUUGGUUCAUAAUGUUAAAACAAAUGAAGAGUUCAUAUUUAAUAAAUAUAUUUUUGACUUAACCUAAGUAUUACACACUGUCUGUUUUAAAGAAAAACUGUUUUGCCAGCUCAAUGGGUGCAAUGUAAACUGUAACUUAAGUUUAUGGUUAUCACCAUGAUUUUCUAUACAGUCUAUACUCUAGGAUGUCUGUGGAGAAGAGUAUUCUACAAGGCAAUCCUGUGGGAAAUUUAAGAAAUGGAAGCUAUUCCAAGGAUCAAAGGCUGCAACAACACUUGAAACACUAAGAAUGAUUACUUUGUGUAGUGUAAGGCCACCUGUGUUAGCCCCCACACCAUUCAGUUCAGCUCACUGAUGAUUUUAGCAUACUGUCCAAACAAAUGAGUGGGCAAAGUCAGACUAAAAGCAUUUCCCCACAAACAUCAACCAAAUACCAUGCAAAUACAGCAUGAGUGAAUCUGUCAUUAAGUAACUGAUACGUUUAUUCAGGAGAGCAGAAAUCUGAUAGAAUUGUAAGGCAGUAAUUUUGUUAAAACUGAACCCUUGGAUAUAAGAAGUAGUUCUUGUAUACACACACACACACACACACACACACACACACACACACACACACACCCCUUCUCCUUCCUAGCAUAGCAUUUGAUUCCUAACACAGAUGCUGGGUUUCUAAUGCAAUUUCACAUUGGGAAAUGUGUGUGACCAUUGCUUGAAGGUUAUUUAAUGACUAGAGCCAUGUAAUUGUACUGCGGUUUCACGCCCCAAUCCCAGUAUGUUUGUGUACUAAUGAUGAUCCUUGUUCAAUGCAUGUCUUUUAUCAAUGUGCCUCUUGUGUGGAGAUAGACUAGUUGUUUAUCACUAAUAU